CAAGUGGGGAUUUCUCCCUCUCUCACCCUGCUUCUCUCUUCAGCGAUUUGCAUGAGCACUGUGCAGUUUCAAGGUAUGCUGCUGUCUCAUCUGUGAGGGGAUCAGAGCUUAACUCGAAUGGGAUGGAUCCUCAGAGAGAGACGCCCAAGAAAAACAACACGGAUCAUCUAAUUGCCGACAGGCGGGAAGGAAUUGGUGUCUGUGGUUGGAUCCUGGUUUCCAUUUCAUUCCUCCUAGUGCUUAUUACGUUUCCUGUUUCCAUCUGGGCAUGUAUCAAGGUCAUCAGAGAAUAUGAACGUGCUGUUGUAUUUCGUCUGGGACGUAUACUGUCUAAGAAAGCAAAGGGACCAGGUUUGAUCCUCAUACUUCCUUGUACAGAUACGUUUAUCAAGGUUGAUCUUAGAACAGUUACCUGUAGCAUUCCUCCACAAGAGAUUCUCACAAAAGAUGCCGUUACUACCCAAGUCGAUGGGGUGGUGUACUACAGGAUCUACAGUGCCGUCAGCGCCGUCGCUAACGUCACCGAUGUCCACUUGGCUACCUUCCUCUUGGCACAGACCACCCUGAGAAACGUUCUGGGUACACAGAGCUUGGCUCAGGUUCUAGCAGGUCGUGAGGAGAUUGCACACAGUAUCCAAGCUAUCCUCGACGGUGCCACGGAGCAGUGGGGAAUCAAAGUGGCCCGUGUGGAGAUCAAAGAUGUCAGGAUUCCUGUGGGCAUGCAGAGGGCAAUGGCAGCCGAAGCAGAGGCUGCUCGAGAGGCAAGAGCUAAGGUUGUGGCAGCAGAGGGAGAAAUUAAUGCUUCUAAAGCCCUCAAGCGGGCCUCCAUAGUGCUGGCCGAGUCUCCGGCAGGUCUUCAGCUGCGCUACCUGCAAACGUUAACAACCUUGGCAGCAGAGAAUAAUUCCACCAUUGUUUUCCCUCUCCCUAUAAAUAUGCUUGAGAGUUUGGGGCAGAGAAAUAGAGGGGGUUAG